AUGCGAAAUGGGAACGAUGGACAUUUGCUUGUCGGAAUUUCUUGUGACGCUUUUUUCAAUAUCACGAAAUUUUUAACCCUUAACGAGGUACUAAAACUGAAAUUGGUGUGCAGGCAUUUCAAGGAGUACAUAAAAGAUGAGAAGGCCUUUCUUCAAAAUGAGUGGAUUACUUUGAACAACUACAUAAGGUUCGUGCGUCUUGUGCACCCCGAGAAAUUCGGUUCCUUCUUGGUGUCUCUCCUGAGCGACGAGCGCAAUGCGUACGCUAUUCCUUUAUGCGCUAGACAGCACCUCCAAUUCGGGAUAACGGAGAAGCAGCUCAUGCUGAGCAACAAACCAUUCUUGAAAAAAAUAACGCUCAAGGGUGACUUCCUCAGGAAUACAAACAUAUACGACAUUAGCAAGCUUCUAAGAGCACAUGAGAGCACCCUCGAAGAGUUGCACGUGCAGGGACUGAACGAUGUAAACUGCCCCCUGUUUAUUUAUUCUAACCAUGGCAUCCUCUUCGAGUUCCUGUCCAAGGAGGUCCUUAUGAACAAUCUGUCUGUCCACUGCGUGAAGAAGCGUAGCUUGAGGCAUAUUCAGGACUUGCUGCUGCAGCGGUGUGGGGAAGCCGCGCCGGAGGGGCAGUCACAGAAGGGGCAAUUACCAGAAGAGCAGUCACCCGAGGAGUCACCAGCGGAAGAAUCACCCACCGAGGAAUCGUCCUGUGACGCCCCCGCCCAGGGGGUCCCCAUCGGAAGAGACAAAAAGGUGCACCUGCUGUGCGAGCACAUCGGCGUGGUGUACAACUUGAGAAAAAAUUGCUUCGAAAAAAUACAAAACUACAAGCCAAAGCUGCAUCUAAGUAAUUACACAAGCAGCCUGACCACUUUACAGGUUCUGAACCUCUCGGGCAUUCAGAGCUAUGACCUAAUAGAAAUGCUCAUCUCGGUGCACCUACCCUCUUUGAAAAUUUUAAACAUUUCUUGCUACGACUACUUUUUUUAUUUUUACCAUAUGGUAGUUUCCAUUUGUUUGUAUGGAAGUGGGAAGGAGGUGUUUUCUCGGUACCUGCACUUAAAAAAUAUUGAAUUGAGCAGAGACACAAAUGAGGACAGGAACAGGAACGGGAACAGGAACGGGAACAGGAACGGGAACAUGAAGAGUGAGUGGCUCGAAAGGAACGAGGAGUUCCACCAACUAAUUAAGGAGACAGAUGAGGAGGUUAUUCAGGUCAAUAAAAUUUCCACUGCCUGUCAGAAGCGCUAUGAGGAGGACGCCAUAAAUUAUUACGCACUGAAUGUGAGUAGAAACGAUCGGAAGAUCUUCUUCACCCCAACGUACAAGGAUAGGAUUUGCAUGAGGGGGGUCAACCGACCCGUGCACUAUGCUGAUGGGACCUACAUAAGGCACGACUCGGAUGGUGACGACUGUUACGUAAAGCACGACUCGGAUAGUGAGGGGGUUGCAAGUGCUGAACGAGGUGGCAGAUGUGAACGAGACCCUCGUCGAGGUGAGGGGCAGAGCCCCCGCAAGGUCGGGCACCGCCAGCAUGCCCAACCCCACAGGUGGAAUAGCCCCUGUAGCACCCUUCGCAGUGUGGGGAGCGGCGAGGACAGCCCGUACAGCACGUUACGCAGCGUGGACGGAGGGGAAAGUGCAGGAAGUGUAGAAAGCGAGCCACGCGGUGGCCACCCUACAGAGUGUCAGCGUCCCCCAAAGGGGAAAUGUGCCAGCCAACCCGCGUGCCACCCAUCAUGCAGAGCGGCGUGCCAGCGCGCGUUGCAACCGACACCCCACCACGCAACCGCCCCAGUGGCCGACGGGAGGCUGAAGAAGCUAAAGAGGGGAGGCUACAUCUGGCUGGUCGAAAAUCAAAAGCACAAAAAAAACGUCAGCAUAGAAAUGUUAUACCUAUGUAAAAAUAUAAUUGAAAAGGAGGAGAAGAAGGGAAGGAAAAACAUUAUAUGUUUAAUGAACAAUCUUAACGUGGAGCAUUUUUCCCUUUUCAAUUAUGGACUGAGCAGUCCCUUCCUGUGGCUACUACUACUUAUAAGAUGUGAUAAACUAAAGACAGUGUCCAUUCUCGACCUCUGCCUUUCGCACCUUCUGUCCGCCUUGACCUUUUUAGAAGCAUACCUCAAGCAACAUUUAUUCAACUUUCAGGGAAUGAUGCGAAGACGCAGGAAGAGACUUGGAAGCAUAUACUUCAGAUUUAAUGAAGAGGAAGAUAUAAAUUUUAUAAAUAGAAUGUAUACUCGUAUCAUUAAUGAGUUGAAUUGGUCUAACUUUUCUCCUAGAAAGAAUCGAGUCCUACACAUUGUUAUAUAUGUAUAUAACAACAAGAAGGAAAACAAACAGUUUGUAAAAUAUAUUCGUAAAAUAUCUCGGUCCCUCUGGCGGUGCAAUUACGUAGUGCACUACUCCAUUCAGUAUUACAAGUACAAGUACUUCAACCGCUACUUUGACAUUGACAAUUUGUACAGGGAUUACGUGACCAUCCGUAGUAGAAGAAGCAGCGCCUCCAUCAGUAGCGCCUCCAUCAGUAGCGCCUCCAUCAGUAGCGCCUCCCCCAGUACCGCUUUUUAA